AUUCUCCUCUCAAUUUACUUUAACCAUGUAACUCCGACGAAAAAACCCAAUUUCGGAGAUUGUUUCACUGCGUCAUUGAUCCCAAGAUCAAUUUUGAUUACAGAGAAAAAGCCUUUGUCUUUUUUCGUUUCAGGAUGAAUCCGUUUCUCUUCCAAGAAUUUGAUCCACCACCACCACCAAGACCGAUCGAAGGAUUGAACGAAAUCGGUCCUCCUCCAUUUUUAAUCAAGACAUUCGAGAUUGUGGAAGAUCCAAACACAGACCACAUCGUAUCUUGGAACAGAGGAGGUACUAGUUUUGUCGUUUGGGAUUUGCAUUCCUUCUCUACCGUUCUCCUUCCUCGACACUUCAAACACAGCAAUUUCUCAAGUUUCAUUAGACAACUUAACACUUACGGCUUCAAGAAGAUAGAAGCAGAGAGAUGGGAGUUUGCAAACGAAGGGUUCUUGGUGGGACAAAGACAGUUGCUUAAGAGCAUCAAGAGACGAGCCACAUUCUCAUCAUCGUCUCCAUCGAUCCAUGAUCCUUGCAUCGAGCUUCGCAGGGAGAAGCAAUUGCUACUGAUGGAGCUGGUGAGCCUGAGACAGCAGCACCAAACCACGAGAAACUACAUCAAAGCCAUGGAGCAGAGGAUCGAAGGAGCAGAGAGGAAACAGAGACAGAUGAUGUCUUUUUUAGCUAGAGCAAUGCAGAGCCCUACGUUUCUGCAUCAGCUACUGAAACAGAGAGAUAAAAGGCUCAAGGAGCUUGAGGAUGAGUCAGCAGAAAGGGAAAAAGGUUCUUCGAUGUCGGAAUUGGAAGUUCUGGCUCUGGAGAUGCAAGGGUAUGGAAAACAGAGGAAUAUGAAGGAAGAAGACGAUAUGGUGAUCGAGAGAGAAUUAGACGAUGGUUUCUGGGAGGAGCUGCUUAGUGACGAGAGUUUGGCUUCCACGUCUAACUAGAUGGAUCCCUUUGUUUAUUUUAUUUUUUUACUUUUUAGUUGUUCUUUGAAUCUCAUUUUCUGCUUUCACAAAAAAAAAAACUUUUUUAGUUCUGUAUUCUAUUAGUUUCCAAUAGUUUUUGAUAAAUAGUUUCCAAUAGUUUCUUGUCAAUUAGUAGUAGUGUGAACUAGAAAACGGUAAAAAUUCUUUUAGGUAUGUAUGAAAUAUAUGUUGUCAUUACAUAAACAGCCCUUGA